GCUCUGGUUAAACGUGGUGUUAUGAAGUAAGAUCAAAUAUAAAUGGCGAGUAAGAUUUUCAAGUACUAUCAUGAUCAACUCUGGCUAUUUACAAAUGAAUCUUCGCCCAACGAAGUCAUCCGACUGUUCGACGAAUGGGCAGAACAAUAUGAUCAGAUCAUGCAGGAACCCGAAUACAAUGUACCUCGGCCGUUUGUCAGGCACUUCGACGCUACAGUGUGCAAUCUGUUUCCAGAUGUCGACAAGAAAAGUUUUAAAGUUCUUGACGUGGCGGCUGGAACAGGACUGUUGGGUUUAGAAUUAAACAAACUUGGAUAUACUUAUAUUGACGCCCUUGACAUGUCACAAGAAAUGCUAAACAGAGCUAAAAACAAGAAAGUUUACACCAAACUCAUCUGCACUGCCGUAAAUGAUCAGCAGAUAAACGGUAUCGAGACCGCGGAGUAUGAUGCAUUGACAUGCAGCUCUGCAGUAUGUGCUGGGCAAGUUCAACCUAGUGCUUUUAGCGAGAUGCUAAUGAUGGUGAAGUCUGGUGGCUUAUUGUGCUUCAAUAUAAGCUUCUUGGAAGAGAGGAAUUAUAUACAAAAGUUUAAAGAGUUGGAAGAAGCUGGACGAUGGAGACUUUUAAACAAGGAAAAGAUUCCUUUUCUACUAGAGAAACAAUUAGAGGAGUGCUAUUUAUACAUUUAUAAACGCAAGUAA